AUGUAUGCAUUGCCUGGUGCACUGAGCCUUGGUGUUGAUGCUGAGACCAUAUCGUUCGAGGCGAUCCAGCUCUCAACGCAGGGCAGCGAGCGACAGCGCAAAGACAUUAUGAAAGUGUCGCAGCGGUUCGAGAUCCUGAUGCAGCAGCGUCGGCUCCAGCCCGAUGCUGCCAGCAUGACAGAUGGAGAUUUGUUGCAAUCCAUUGUGAGCAAGUUCAACAACUUCAAAGCCAACGUGACACCAGACUCACAGCUCAUCCACUUCCGAAGAUACAACCACUGGUGGGCCCUCAACGCCAAGAAAGUCAAAGUUACCUGUGCUAACUUGGCCCAUGACUAUCGUGAAGCUGUGGCAUUCAACUUGAAGAAGAAUAAGGUCAACAACAAGUUUGGUGAGGCUGACAUAACCAGAACUCACCACCUGGGCUAUUGCGACUUGUCGAAGAUGGGCCGUUUAACGGCAUUGAAUAUCGACCAAGUCUCCAGGUGGGCAAAAGGAGUUCUGGACAUGAAUCCAGACUUCAGUGUUCUCAACGGAUUGCGCGGCGAGUUCCGGCGGAUAGAGGAUAAGUUCAUGUCGAUGGGGAUGGAACUCAAGUCGGACAAAGAAGAAACAGCUCAGUGGGUUGCUGCCCCAGCCACACUGAAGGCGAUUUUGGAUGGAUGCCUUUCCAGAGUUUCGACCCUGAAGGGUCAGGCCCUGAUCGUGCAUCACCAAAGCCUCUACGAUGCCCAGUUCGAGCGUGUGGUCUUGGAGUUGCAAAGCGAGUUGUCGGACAAUUGCCAUGUGUGCUUGUACGCGGAAACGGAGAACCCAACAAUCUUCCAGUACGCGGUGACUCAGGUGAAAGACAAAUUGCUUGAGGACUGGAAGGCAUCAAGGGGGCUGAUGGCAGCAAUCACCCCAAAGUUCCUGGCAGAGGCAGACCUGUCGGAUGUUCCACAGCCUCGUCGACCGACCCUUCGACUACGCUCAAUGAAUGACAAUGGACACCUUCAGAUUCCGGAGGCAGAGCGAAAACGAUGGCUGGAAGACCCUGUGCGCAGUGAUUUGGAAGCGUUGUGCAUAAUUUUACAUGUUUUUCGUAGUAGAACAAAUUUGACACAACAAAAUCUUAGUGGUUCACCACCAUCUAAGAUUCAGACUGGCGCACCCGUCUCAAGAACUUCGACUCUGUCUUCGAGGUGGUUUCGAAUCCCGAGACGGCUCCAGCCCCAUGUCCCAACAACAAUGCUGAGAACAUGGACUUGGGGGAGACAAGGGAUGAGAGCACAACAACAGUUGCUUCUUCUGGUGAAGCCCCUCCCUCAAUGA